AUGAAUGUCCGUUCGAAUCUAUCAACAACAGGGUUGAAGCAAAAACAAAGAAUAACUCAAAGCACGGUCAAUGCAAAAGAGAUUGGAGUGGGGUUGUUGGCUACGUUACCUAUUGAACAACAAUCUAAGUACAUUGAGUCGAAUCUUCCGUUCUAUAAUUUGGGUGCAUUCUUCUCAAAUCAACAAGAGAGUAUACAACCAAAACAACGCCGCUCUAGACAUGACGCCACACACAAAGACAAGAACACGGAGAUUGACUCAUUGAAGGAAUCUGGUAAUGAAAGUUACAUCUUGAAAAUGGCCACUCGAAAUGUUCGCCGAUUUUAUUAUCGACUUCUCGACGAAGGAAAGCCAUUUGGUGUUACUGAUGAUAUGGCGGAGUCUUUCUUAUUCUACGCGAACUGGAUUGAACCCAUCAGAUACAUUUCUCGUCGUGUAGUGAAACUUGAAAAAGCUUUAGAAGUAAACAGAACUCAAUUCUUCACGGAUCUAGUCGAAAAUUACAAACUCGAAAAAUCUGACAGACAGACAGCAUUAAUGUUGAAAGACUUGAAAUUGUUUGAGGACAACGACAAAGUUCUCUGUAAAUGCAUUGAUAAUAUAAAAACCCAAAUAUCCAAUUUAAGAAAAAACGAAAACAAAAUUUGUGUUAUCGACAAACACUGUAAGGGCGGAAGAAGAAAAGUUGAAGACACCAAAACGAUUUCUGUGCUUGAGGAAAUUAUCUAUGAAAAGAAAAAAGAAAGAAAAGAACUUUUCUUACAGAAAGAUGCUUUUUUGCAGCAAAAUAGUGAACUAAAGCGAUUUGUUCUUCUCAAAAAUUGCAACGUUCUCGUCCAAUUUGACAAAGAAGUUUCAGACGCUGAAAUUCAGUCUUUUUCACCCUCCAAAUUGGUGUCACAGAAUUUUGAAGAGAUUGAACACGUGGCGCAAUCAAUAGCAGAGAAUACUAAUUUUACAAAGCACAUCAAAAUACCACAAAUAGAAAUGAAAGACACUUUUGGCAUCUUUUCUAUUUAUAGAAACGUCGCUAUGAGGUAUUUCAAUGAACUUGAAGUCGACAAAAAGACUGAAAACGACGAGAAGUUGCCACUCCCUAUCACUAAAGAACUCACAAGAACAGUCGCAAUUUGCUUUGAAAGCAAUGGAGAGACAGAGCGAUUUAUUCGCAGUCAAAGUUUCUUUGGGGUGAAAAAGAGCGAACGGGUGAGUGUCGAGGCUCCACGAGUUUUGGAGAGGAAAAUGGCGGAGUUUGUGAUCAGAAAUGCGUCGGAAAAGGAAGAAGAAAAGACGGAGAAACCAAACGACUUUGUGCAAAACACAGUGCUUGCAGCAAACAAUAUCGACGAAAAGUCAUACAGUGAUUUGUGUAACGAACUUUUUAUUUUGAUGGACGGAAGAUAUGUGAAUGAAGACAACCCCGAAAGGGAGACUGCUUUUGUAUGGGAAGGUGAUGUUAUCAAUGAUUUAAUUAAGGAAUAUGAUUAUGGAAAUAUCAUACAAAUGAAAAGGGGAAGACGUUUACUUCACAUCUUAGAUGAACUCAGAGAAAAAAGAAGAAUCAUCAACUUAAAACGUGUCACAGAAGAAGCUAAUAAAAAGGUCACCAGAGACAGAGUCGAGUUUUAA